AUGGAUGGAGAAUUGGCACAGUACGCUUGCGAUGAAUGCCGGACUCGGAAGGUAAGCUGCUCUCGUAACUAUCCCGACUGCCAGCGAUGUGUGUCUGAAGGCCAUGCCUGUUACUACUCUCGCUCAGGCGUUAUUCGUCGAAAUAGAAAGAAGAAAGAGACGGCCAAGGCAUCGAGAAAAUCCGAUACCGCCAUUCAUCGACUACCGCAAGAGCGUGCUGUAGAGGAUGACCAAAGUACCCAUGAGAGAUUACGGAGGCUUACUGGAAGGGAUCACGCUGCCCUCAGAGUCCUAGCUCCACUUUUCGACGAGUACUUUGCAGCAUGGCAAGACGCGAGCGCAUUCAACCAGCUUCGGGAGGCAGCGGCGAAGACAUACUACUUGCUCAACGAGCAUGCGUCCCGUACGUGGACGGCUAUGUUAUUCACGGUCUUGAGAAAGCGUAGACUCCCUAUCGCUUCUGCAUUUGACGAGGUCCGCGAACACUUAGCCGCCGGGAACAUACACCGCGUCAAGGAUCAAUCUUGGCUUGUCAUGUUCUAUAGCGUUGCUCUGAGCUCACGAAGUGAAGAUGCGACCCACCCGAAAGACACAAAAGCCAAGCUGAAGAGCAAUCUGUGGCUUGCAUUCAACGACGUUCGGCUGUUUAUUGAACCGAGUCUACUCAAUGUCCAAGCACUCAUCGUUCUUGCGACUCAAGUGGAUGAAUACAUGACCCCGUCCGUUUGCUGGAUGCUGGUCUCCAAAGCCUGCACGAUGAUACAGACACUCGGCCAAAUUCGCCGAAGUCACGAGUCUUCUGAUCAACAAAAGUCAUAUAGAAUUCUAUUUUGGCAGCUCAAUUACCUUGACAAAACAUUGGCAUUGAGCCUCAUGAAGCCGCCAACGAUCCACACAGAAGCAACCAAAGCUGUGCCAAUGCCAACAUUAGACCAGCUUGCAGCCGCCCACCACGAGCCAAAUGAGUCGAGAGUCUUCGAUGCACACUACACCCAUCAGAUGUAUCUGCUGUCUGAGAUCAUGGGCGAGGCAUCUCGUGGCUUAAGUACGCAGGCAAGACAAGGCUUCGAUCAUGAGCUGGUAUCCUCUAAUAUGGAUCAGCUUGACAAGUGGUACCGCAAAGCAACGGAAGUAUUGGGAGCAGCAGCCUCCACGGAGAAACCGCUACUCACUGCAGACGGCCAGGAUUCCAUCGAACAGGGCCUUAUAAAUAUCAGGUUCCUCUACUACCACAUGCAAAUUCUGUUAACGAGAGGUUGCAAGAGUCGUACACUGGACGGCCGAGAACCGGCGGAGAACCUCCUCAGGCGCCUUAAGAGCAUUCGUCUAGACCAGCGUUCUCCAUCAGACCUACAUAUCUGGCAGCUGCUCUUCUGUCCGUUUGCGGCGUUUCAGAGUCUGGUCGGCCAUGUUCUCAUGACCAGCAAGAUGGGAGCGUGCUAUGACCAGAAUGAACAAUCUCUUCAAGUCAUGGAACUACUGCCUACGUUUCUGGAAGACCUCGGGAAACAUACUCGCAAUCCACUUGUGCGACGACUUGAGGUUUUGGCCUGUAGGUUCUACGCCCACGCCAAAGCAGUCUUCUACUCCGAGGAGCUGGAAUGUGCGAGAGACGAUGCGCAUCGUGAUUCGCAAAGGUCAACAACGUUGGCUGGUAGUCAACGAUCUGGAACUGACCACGAUAUGGGCACCCAAGGUUUCGCAAGUGUGGACAGCGAGCUCGAUGGAUAUGAUAUGGACUGGGAGCCUAAUCUGGACGAUCUGUUGACCUGGUGGACGAACGAUGCUUUGAUCGAUGGAACCUUCGACUGGUUUGGAACUGUUCCCACUGGUUUCGAAGAGUCUCAGCCGUCGACAUGA